AUGGAGAUGAGCUGUGCUGAGCACCACAAUUACGCGGCGGCUUCUCAGUUUAUCACUCUCACAGUUGGGAGGGUGUUGGGGGCGUUGAAAUUGGAGUCUACGCCGAUAAAUACAAAAGGGUAUGAGGCAUUGUUGGGUUUGGUCGAGAAUACAUCUUCUGGGGAUAGCUUUGAUUUGUAUUAUGAGUUGUUUAUGCACCACGAAAAUGCUUUGGAGAUAUUGGAGAGGUUGGGCUUGGCUUUUGAUGCCCUGAAGAAUCAGCUUUUUGGGUAUUUGCACCAGUUUGUGGGAAACCAAUUGUUUGGCAAUGGCAAUGCAGAUAAAGUAGCAGCACCUUUGCAGGAAGAUCAAAAUGGAACUGCAUUGGUAUCUUCUUCAACAUCAAAAGCUAUGAGAUGGCAGAAUGCUGCUCAGCCACAGGACCACAAGGCACAGAUUUCAGAUUGUUUUGUUGACAACUCAAGGCUCAAGAUUGCAAUUGUUGGUUUUGGAAACUUCGGUCAGUUCCUCGCUAAAACAAUGGUACGUCAAGGCCAUUUAGUUCUAGCCUACUCUCGAUCGGAUUACACCGAUGUGGCUCAAAAAUUAGGGGUUGCAUACUUCUCCAAUGCAGAGGAUCUUUUUGAAAAGCGUCCAGAAGUAGUACUGAUUUGUACUUCCAUUCUUUCAACUGAGAAAGUCCUUAGGUCAUUGCCAUUGCAAAGGUUGAAGAAGAAUACUUUGUUUGUUGAUAUUCUUUCGGUAAAAGAAUUUCCAAGAAUUCUGUUACUUCAAAAUUUGCCGCUGGAUUGUGAUAUACUCUGUACGCAUCCUAUGUUUGGACCGGAGAGUGGUAAAAAUGGGUGGAAUGGUCUUCCUUUUGUUUAUGACAAGGUCAGAGUCGGAGGUGACGAAUCAAGAGUAUCACGGUGCAACAAAUUUCUGGACAUAUUUGCACGGGAAGGGUGCAAAAUGGUUGAAAUGUCUUGCGCAGAACAUGAUAUGCAUGCAGCAGAGUCACAAUUCAUUACACACACUGUGGGAAGGGUUCUGGGAAAGUUGGGUUUGAAAUCGACAGCAGUCGACACAAAUGGUUACAAGACUUUGUUGAGUUUGGUGGAGACUACGGCAGGAGAUAGCUUUGAUCUCUACUAUGGGUUGUUCCUGUACAAUAUGAAUGCAAUGGAACAGCUAAAAAUGUUGGACAUGGCUUUUGAAUCAUUAAAGAAGCAGCUUUUUAGGCGUUUGCAUGGUGUUAUUCAUAAUCAAAUUUAUGAGGAAACACCAGAUAAGUCUCAAGUUAUGCAGUAA